CACGAUAACCACCUGUGGAUGUUAGUAGAAUAUCGCCGCGCAUUACGAAUUUUCUGUUCUCUGACCUAAACCAUGUGCCCUUGCCUGUAAACCCCGUUGAACUUCCUUUUUCAACUCGGAGAUAAGUCAUGCAGAUCUUCGUGAAGACCCUGACGGGCAAGACCAUCACACUUGAGGUUGAGCCCUCGGACUCCAUUGAGAAUGUCAAGGCCAAGAUCCAAGACAAGGAAGGCAUCCCCCCAGAUCAGCAGAGGUUGAUCUUUGCCGGCAAACAGCUGGAAGAUGGUCGCACACUCUCUGACUACAACAUCCAGAAAGAGUCCACCCUCCACCUGGUGUUGCGUCUCCGUGGUGGCAUCAUCGAGCCCAGUCUGAGAAUCCUUGCCUCCAAGUACAACUGUGACAAGAUGAUCUGCAGAAAAUGCUAUGCCCGCCUGCAUCCACGUGCAACCAACUGCCGCAAGAAGAAGUGUGGUCACACUAACAACCUGCGCCCCAAGAAGAAGCUUAAGUAGACGACACCUGCACAUCGGGCUCCAGCUGAAGACAUUGAUUAUUGUGUGUUUUCCCAAUUAUUCUCAAUAAAGGCUGCGCCCCUUC